AGUGUUACCGUGGCCGUCGAUUGGGCGCGCCGCCCAAGCCGGUAUCAGCCCGUAACAUCGCGUAGCCGGCGAUCGUCAAUGCGAACGGAUAACAAAACAUUACGUAAAGACAUUUAAAAUUACGUUUCCUACACGUAACUUGGAUCGUUAAACGAUUUAUAUUUUUACGAUGGCAUAUAAAAAACCAAAGGUACAUUAUAUUCCCCUAGAGACUAAGAGAAAAAGCUAUUGAGACGAUAUUGACUCGAAGAGUACCUAGUAAAAUAACCAGCUACGAGAAAAAGUUAUGAUAUAAUUAUUGCACAAAUCAUGAAUCAAUCAAUUAAUGAAACGUUAUUUAAGUGUAUUUAUUGUAUGUAUUUGUGUUAAGUGUAUUUUCUUGUUAUGUGCUCAGUGUAAUAAACUUAAAGGAAUACAAUAAUUUUCUGAUUAACUCAAGUGAGAGUGAAUGUUGUUCGAAUCAAAACUUGUUAAAAAUACUGUGCUCAUUGUGUGAAACGUGGUGUGGAAUUAUGUAGACCACGAUGAAGAAAUGGCCAGUCACGGUGUGGUUUGCGACAGUACUCUGGACCGGGGAGAAUGCACAGAUUAAUCAGAGGUACUCUCUCCUUCCCGGGAAAAGCGUCCUGAACGCUAUUCCGGAAAUCCUGGGGCUCACCGUCGCGGAUUCCACUGCAACUGGAACGACCAAUCUACCGUUACCCUCUCAGGAGUUGCUGAGCCUAGAAUCGGAUCAGAUGCCUGACAGUGGUUCCGCUCUAGCCGAUGCGUCGCAUCCAGUGCAGUAUGCUGGUCUCCCGCGGGGCUUAACUGUCUACCCGCAGCCACUCAAAGACUCUGACCAUGAACUUAUGUUCAACGUAUCCUGGCUACCGGAACUGGACCCACCUCCCAAGGACUACUCAUUGGAAGUUCGCAGUCUAACAGACACAGUCGACUGCAGAACGCAAAUGUGUUACGAGUAUAACAUUCCCGGGGACGUUCAAUGGUGGACGAUACCAGCGUACCCAAGUCCUGUUGCUGAUAUGUGCGCAGUCAGACCGGGCUGCGCAUACCGCGUGAGGUUGAUAGCUCAUCCUUGGGACGGUCAUACUGCGGCCAAUCUACACGUGGAAUUAGACGAAUGCGUGUCCGGCGUGUGUUCCUGUGCUCAUUCGCCUCGUCUGCCGGCGCCCCUGGUGGACGCUCACACCGUCUCGAUUCAAGGCGAGCUGUUCGUCAAUAUCACCUGGACGUUGCCCUUUCCAAAAUAUCCGCAAAGACUACCGCCUGGAUUGAACAAACAGAGUUAUGUAGUUAGCUUAGGAAAGCAAAUGGUAUCGAAAGCGCAUCCAGCACCGUGGUUCGCGAACACGAUAUCUCGUCAUGUGGACGCGGAUGGGCCAGUUUCGAAAGGUGACGGCCCACGGUGGCUACUGUUGCCUAUUGCGCAGCGGCACGGUGGGCAGGGUAUCGAGCGGCGCGACAAGCGACAGCGAGAUAUAGUACUCGACGUCAAGCUGCUCGCCAGAGUCAGCUUAAUUGACGACCGAGGCUGCGUAGGCCCAACAGGAAACACCACCGCAUACGAUCCAACGGCUGCUAAUGAAGGCUCUCUCGCGACCUAUGUUCUGUGGGCAGUCUUCGGUGGUGCUUGUGUAUUAGCAAUGGCUGCUGUCAUAGCAGUGAGUGCGCGAGGCGUUAAGCGGCUACUAAACGCUCUCCGCCCCGCUCCUGUAUCCGCUCCGCUUGAGCCGCUGUGUCGACGACCCGCAUGGUUCCCGCUACAGCUACGUAUGAAUAAUGAAAUUCCCGUACGAGGUCAAGUGGAAGAGAGCCCGCUCUACACCCAAAAAGAAUUUGAGCCAGAAGACGAAGGCUUCGACGAGUGGGAAGUGAGUCGAUCCCGCGUUCAUCUUGGAGCUUUGAUAGGCAGCGGGGCCUUCGGGCGGGUCCACGCUGCUCACCUCGACAUGCCCGGAGGGGAAACCAUGACGGUUGCAGCUAAAAUGCUGACGGAAGAAGCAUCGCAGGAAGAGAUGCAAGACUUCUUCCGGGAAAUAGAGAUGCUGAAGCACGUUGGCUACCACAAACACGUGAUUCGUCUCAUCGGCUGCUGCACGAGACGAGCCCCGCUCAUCGCUCUCCUGGAACACGCUCCAAGAGGUGAUCUGCUUUCACUGUUGAGGGCAGCCAGAGGGAGAAGGAAGGAAACUCAGACGUCUGACGUCACUAGGAGAGCAGGCAGCGACAUUAUCGGAAAACCUUCUGAAGGGGAUUCGGAUUACACACAUUUUAGCGACUCGGAUCCGGCACUGUCGGACGAAAAACUUUACAUAGACAGCGAAAUAAAUAAAUUAAUGAAAAGAGACCAUUACGUGGCUGAGCCUGCGUUACAUUUAGAUAGUACGACUAUGAGAGAAUACGCGUUGCAAGUCGCUUUAGGAAUGAAGCAUUUGGAGGGCAGAGGGAUCACGCAUAGAGAUCUGGCGGCUCGGAACAUCCUGGUGGAUAGCACGGGAGUCUUGAAAGUGGCAGACUUCGGCCUCUCCAGAUCAGGAGUGUACGUCCACACGCGUUCCAAGCCAGUGCCGCUGCGAUGGCUAGCACCCGAAGCCAUUGUCCAUUCCCAAUAUUGCAGCAAAAGCGAUGUUUGGGCUUUCGCUGUUUUGCUUUGGGAGAUAGCCACCUUGGGUGGUUUCCCUUACGCGGAACUAAGCAACUACCAAGUACCCGCAUUUUUGACUGGCGGCGGCAGACUGCCGAAGCCAAUGCGAGCGUCAGUGCGCCUCUACGAAUUAAUGGUCGAAUGUUGGUCAGACGAUCCACACGACCGGCCAACGUUCGCUCAAAUAGUGGACAAACUGGUCAUCCAACAGCAGUUGUAUGUUGAUUUGGAGUGCGUGCUUCCACCGUCAGAAGAAGACAUUGGAUUCAAAGAUUAUGAUUACACUCUGCCAAGCCCACUCCCCGGGGACACCCAGCUUAUGUACAAAGACUGAUCCUUUUUAUUGUUGUUAUUAUGCUCUUUGCACAAGUAAAUGUCUAUAAAAAAGAAA